GUACAAGAAACCCGUAGAGAAAGUGUGAUCUUGAGUGUUGAAAAGGAGAGAGAAGGAUGGCAAGUCCAGGAUCAGGUGCGGUGGAUUGGACUGUGGGUUCGAUUGUGUGGGUGAGGAGGAGGAAUGGCUCGUGGUGGCCGGGGAAGAUACUUGGACAAGAAGAUCUUGACUCUACGCAUAUCACGUCACCACGAUCUGGAACUCCGGUGAAGCUCCUCGGGAGAGAAGAUGCAAGUGUGGAUUGGUACAAUCUAGAGAAAUCCAAGCGGGUCAAGCCAUUUCGGUGUGGUGAUUUUGAUGAAUGCAUUGAAAGGGUAGAAUCUUCGCAAGCGUUGACAAUAAGAAAGAGGGAGAAGUAUGCUCGUAGAGAAGAUGCCAUUCUCCAUGCUCUUGAACUUGAAAAGGAAAUGCUGAAAAGAGAAGGGAAACUAGUCCCUGACAAGGCUAGAGAUGACUCUCCUGAUGCAGCCAAGGAGAGAAUGGCUAUGGUUAGGGUUCAGGAUUCCUCUAAUGGGACACGGGAAUCCACAGAUUAUCUAAGGACCAACCAUGUUGGUGAUGUUAUGCAUUUGCUGAGAGAUAAAGAGGAAGAUCAACCAAGUUGUGAAGAUGAGGCUGUGCCUCGAAUGAGAGGCUUGCAGGACUUUGGACUUAGAACCGCCUCUUCAAAGCGAAAAAUUUCAUGUUCCAAUGGUCCUGAUACUUCCUUUAAGUAUCUUGCCAGAAGCAACUCUUCAGCUUCUUCCAGUGGGGAUCAUAGCAUGGAGAGGCCCAUUUAUACCCUCGGAAAGGAGAACGCUAGGGGUAAGGCAGAGGCUAAAAGGACUAAAUAUAUGUUUACACCAAAUGAAUCUAAUGAUGUUUCAGACCUGCAUGAGAGUUUGCUAAGCCACAGGGAGGCAAUGCAUUCCUCCUUUGCCGGUGGUGAUUCUCGUUAUUCAGAUUAUGACCCUCCUGAAUUUUUGGAAGAUAUGGAAUCAGAUUAUUCUGAAUCUGAAACUGAUUCUUCUGAUAUGGAGGAGGAUACUGAUGAUGACAUUCCCUUGCUGUCAGGAGCUGGGGGUCAUCUGGAGCGACGCAAUACUUUUAGUAGACAUAUGUCAGGAGAAGAUGAAAGUACCAGCAGUGAGGAAGAUCAUUAUGAGUCAUCCAUUUCUGGCGACUCUUCCUAUCUUUAUUCCCACAAUCCUGAUAAUGAAGCUAGUACGGUUUCCAAGUGGCAGCUCAAGGGAAAAAGAAACUUGCGCAAUCUUCCAAGAAGAUCUGCACGGAAGAGAGAAAUGCACCAUAAUCGUCUGGAAGAUGGAAGAUAUUGUGAAUAUAAGAGAAGGGCAUUUGGCCAAAAGCCUAUGGGUUAUGGGUUAGAUUUUAAUGGGACAAAUGAUAUGAGCGAUGAAACUGAUGACACUGAUCCCAACGAAAGGCAGUUCGGGGAUAGAAUGAUUGGACCAGGUGAUGAUUAUCAGCUCUCAACUAUGGUUGCAUCUGGAUGUAAGAACAUCUACAGCCGUGACAUGCUGGACUGGGAUGAUGAUCCUUGGGAAGGCCGGAUUGGUAUGAAGAAGCGAGGGGAGGAAAAAAUCGAAGGUUUAGGUCAGGAGUUUGAUGCUUCUCAACGACAUUUUGGCAGAAAAAUGUAUUCUCCAUUGAUAGAUGUGGAUUUAGAGGUGCGAGGAAGCUAUCAGAAAGGGCCUGUCCCAAUUGUCUCCCUUAUGAGUAAGUUAAAUGGCAGAGCAAUAAUUGGACAUCCGGUCGAAGUCGAAGUCUUAGCAGAUGGUUCCUCCGAGUCAUAUAUUCAGACAAUUGAUUACUUUGGUAAUGAAGCAACUUACCAUGACAAAACCUUUCUGCUACCCUCUGCUUGGAAGACUGCAAGGAGGAGUAAUUCCCGGGUUCCACGGCUGCAACCAUUCUCAUCGUCCCUCGAAGCAGAUGAUGAAGCAACCUAUGAUCAAUCUCCGGCAGAUCAGGGAAGGAAACCGCUUGUUAAGAAACUCGGGUUGGGAAAUUUUAGUAAUGAUGAUAACUCGGUGAGGAGAAACAGUUCACUGCGAAUUCCACGACCACCUGCAGAGAGAAAGCAGCAGCAGCUGCAGCAAAAGAAGUUGCUGAAGAACACAAAUGCUAGUGCUAGUCAAAAGACAAGGGCACUAUCGUCAUUCAGCAGUGAACAAGGACACAAUGGGAUGAAGGCGCUACGAGACCGGACACACGAGCUCUCUAACAGACGGGUUUUACCGGGACCACCAACUGUGGCCUGCAUACCGGUCAAACUAGUAUUUAGCAGAUUACUUGAGAAGAUAAAUAGACCGCCAUCAAAGCCAACUGCGAAAGCCUUUAACGAGAGAAGAAGAGAUCAAUAGCAAGAGCUACUCAAGUGAAAACGAGAUUUACAGGUACUAAACAUAUAACCAUUUCUAGUCUCUGGUUUUCGUAAAUUGAGAAUCACAUUUUAGGGCAUUACAAAAUCUGGGGUGAUGGGUCUUUUUGAGCAACCAUCAGGCUCUUAUAAUGUGAUGAUUCCGAGGGGAAAUUUAGUUGUAGGGAGAACAAUUUACUUAGAGUGGAGGCUCUGGUUACUUUUUGGUACAGAUCGGUGAAGUAGAACAAUAUACCACUGGUUCGUUU